UCAACACCUUGAACACACCUCAGGUUUCCUUGCUAUCAGCUGUUUCUACUUAACCAUCAAUUAAUGCUGUCUUGAGAAUCCUUUAAAAGAAGCUUCAGACGCUUGUAAAGACAUUGCAAAGAGGCUCUUGUGGAAGGUGUGUGCUACUCCUGAAGGCAACUACUGUCUGCACAUUGUCUCUGCAUUAUCUUGGGGAGGAGUCACAGAGUGGACAUAGCCUGAUUUAUCCACUUACUAAACCAAAAUGAUGAUGUUGUGGGUCUUGUAUCUGCUGAUUGGAAGCACAACCUGCUUUCCCAGAUUCCAAUGGGAUUCAACAAAAGGGGUGAGUUCUUACCCGGGCAGCAGCUCCUCUCUACCACGUCUACCCAACCCAAGCAAUGACAGAGCAGCCAAAACUCCUGGCCCUGGCAGUUACGGUAGCGACGCCAACAUUCCUGAGGGUCCAGCAUUCAGCAGUGAUGAGUAUCAUUUCAGGGAUGAACAUUACAGCCCUGAGGUCGGCACAUAUGGGGUUGCCUAUGGCUCUUCUGAAUUUAGUGGGUAUGAUAGUGGUGCACCAAGUAGUAGCUAUAGUGGUGGUUAUGGUAGCUCAGCAGGUGGUUAUGGUAGCUCAGCAGGUGGUUAUGGUAGCUCAGCAAGUGCUUAUGGAGAGGAUGACUCCUAUGGGUUUGAGACCCCUCGAGAUGAGAGCUGGGGCUCUGGACCUGCUACCUUCUAUGGCACCAGUGACGAAAACCCUGAGCCAUUCUUCAGUGACGUGUCUGAUCUGGAGCCAGUGUACUCCUCUAGCACUCGUUCAAGGUACCAACGAGGAAGAUCGGUAUAUUCUCAAAUCAGCUACACUCCAGGAGAGCCUGCUCCCCCACUCAUGCCAGUAUCCAGACAUGUCGGCAAAACCACUCGGAGGCAAAGCGAUCCUGUUAAGGCACCAACCAAGGGUGGCUUCUGAAGAUAUCUGGUCUUAAUGUUCCAGGUGUCUCACUGCUGUUGCAUGAUCUGAUUCCAAUAAACUGUUUCACAAAACUUUCA